AUGGAUAUUUUUGACGUGGAGAGUAUUAUUGACAAUAUUUUUGACAAGAAGGAGGAAGAUCAGGGUAUUCAAAACAAGGAAGAUGAAGAUUUGCAAAAGAGAUUAAAAAGAGACGAAGAUGAAUAUUUGAAGCAUAAGAAAAAAUUUAAUCAGUUUGCUGUCAUAUUCAACGAUGACCUCGUUGUGCAUGGCGAUGAGGUUAAUGCUAAUUAUGAUUCAAGACCCGGUGAAGAAGAUUUUCAUACAAAGAAGAUUAUGGAAGACUGGAAACUACUAAAGGAGGGUCUUCCAGGUACGAUAUUCGUUAGGGCUUACAAAGGUUGUAAGGAUUUUUUACAAGCAGUGAUUGUUGGUGAACCAGGUACGCCUUUCCACGACGGCCUAUUUUCCUUUAAAAUAACUUUUCCGGUGCGCUAUCCAAAAAAACCACCAGAUGUUACGUACCAUUCUCAUGGUUUGCACUUGCACCCUAAGUUGGGAUGGGAUGGGAAGGUUCGGUUAAGUCUUUUGAAAAAGAAAACGUGGAAUGAUGACUUUUCGAAAUCUAACGUACUGAGAGUUUUGAUGUCGAUUUAA